UAUUUCGAAUUUGAUUUCGGAUUUCAUACAGGGCUUUCACUCCAAUGGUCCGUAUAUGGAAGAGUGUACGUAAAGAUAAGUUGUUAUACUAGCGACGUGCAGCCCAACGAUUGAGGUAGCAUAAAGACUCACAGGACAUCGCCAUGGCUUCUGCUGCAUGGGGUUGGUUCUGCGGUAGUAACUCAUCAGACUCUUCUUUCGAUCUCAACUCAACCGUGAAUCGGGAAUGUCUUGUAGACGCCAUCAUCUCAGUCCCACCUGUGACAUUUUCUGUGUUAGCCAUCCUAACCACCAUCAUCACCCGGUGUUGCUGUAUCAAGGGAAAUGCUACCCCGUAUCUCCUACGAUAUCCCGGACAUUCUUUAAGAUGGAUACUGAGUCUUGCACUCAUCGCCGUCUGCCUUGCUGCAAUCGGCGAGGGAAUCCUCACUGAGGAAUCUUUCCGUAAAGGGGGAGACCACCCCCACCCCUAUUUGUACCUCAAUGGGGUCUUCCUGCUGCUAUCUGCAAUUAUAUCACUGUCUUAUUACCAAUUUUUGGAGAAGAGACGGAUAAAACACUUGUCAUGGUUACUUUUGCUCUUCUGGUCUGUAUCCAUAGUAACCAUGUCUUAUCGCCUGCACCACUUUCUCAACGACGAUCUAAUAGCCGACAGUGGGACAAACAAACUCGAUAUUUUUCGAUAUGAUGUUACUAUACUGUUCUUAGUGAUAUACUCCAUCUUAUUUUUUGUGGAAUUCAACUUCAUUGUCAAAACGAUAUGCUGUUUCGAGGCAUCCGUUGACUCUCUUCCAGCUGACAUAAAGAAGGAGAAGAUGAGGUACUUGUCCAAGUAUUCGAAUCUCCUCUCUGAAGUGACCUACUGGUGGGAGAAUUGGAUAUUCAAGACUGGCUACAAGAAGGUCGUCGAAGUCGAUGACCUCGGAAAUAUACCCGAGGUUCACACAUCAAUGUACAACCACUCAAGAUUCAAAAACGUUUUCGAAAGAGAAAAGGAGAAAUGUUUUCUGCAGGGCAAAGAACUCAAUAUCUUCAAAGUGCUGUGUAUCACGUACGGCCCAACAAUUGCUUUCGCUGGACUCCUGAAGAUCAUAGGUGACUUACUGGCGUUUGUCGGACCUUUGGCCAUCAGCGGAAUCGUUAAUUUCGUCACCAAAACGUACUAUCUUCCCGAAGAUGCCCAGCGUGAGCUGGUAUCUCCCCACUUGGUGUCCCCUGCCGAGUUCUUUGCUAAUGGUUACAUUCUAGUUGGUGCUGUGUUCUUAUCGUCGCUCCUUCGCCACACUUGCGAUCAGUAUUACCAAUACAUGGUUUCAAUGGAAGGCCUACAUGUUCGCUCUGCAAUUCAGUCGAUGGUAUACUGGAAAUCGAUGAGGAUGUCGACGUAUGCGAUAUCGGGUGGGAUGAUGACCAUGGGACAGAUCACCAAUCACAUGUCGGUCGAUGCCAACAAUGUCAUGAUGUUCUUCCAGCUAUCAAAUGAGAUUUGGGCCGUACCACUGAAGAUUAUCAUCACUCUGGUUCUUUUAUACCGUCAGAUGGGCUACCCUGCCCUUAUCGCUUCAAGUCUCUUCUUUCUCACUUUCCCAAUCCAGAUUAAGAUUGGAGUCACGGUCGCAGGAAUUAUCAAGCAAUUUCUGCAAUGUGCAGAUAAAAGACUAAAACUGUCGAACGAGAUGCUAAAUGGUAUUAAGUUGCUGAAAAUCUAUGGCUGGGAGAAGCUGUUCUACGGUCUCAUCCAAAAGGCUCGAGAGAAGGAGCUAGCGCAGAUACUGAAGAUGUACAUUGUUAUUUCAUGCAAUUUUGUUCUUAAUUCCGGAGUCCCUGGCAUUGUCACCUUGAUAGCAUUCGGAACGUACACCAGCCUGACAGGGAAACCUUUGACCCCCGACGUAGCAUUCACAACCCUCUCGCUGUUCAAUCAAAUCACCGCUCCCCUCUUCCUUCUACCAUUCGUCAUCAAUCUCUUCGUCAACUGUCUGGUUAGCUGCAGACGUCUCAAGACCUAUUUCCUCGCGCCGGAGAUCGGGGGUGGUGUCGAUGAUGAUGACGACGAAAAGGAUUUUGAGAGUACCAUUAUGAAUAGGAAUGGUAGGGGAUUCAAUACGCAUAAUGGCAGCUAUCAAAAUGGUACCGAUGUGAAGAUUCGAGACCCCAAAAUUAAGAAGAAAACUUUUACGGUUGAUGAUGAUGAUGGAAUCCCAGACUCUGAUCGUGCUCCACUCUUAGCCAGUAACACAUCAUAUGGGUCUGUAGAAUCCUUCAAGGGUAACAUGGACACUUCUUUCUGUGAAGAUCUACCCAGUGACGUUGCUAUAAGGGUAAUUGAUGGUAAUUUUACAUGGGAUCCCAGCGCAACAACACCUAUCCUUCAUGACAUAAAUCUUGAUAUUCCAGCAGGAAAGCUUACCGUUAUAGUUGGGACUGUUGGAAGUGGAAAAUCAUCGUUGUUACAGGCGAUCAUGGGAGAAAUGACCACACUUUCUGGAACCGUACAACUCAAUAGAACACACGAAGACAUUGCCCUGGCUGCACAGAAAGCAUGGUUGGUCAACUCAUCACUGAAGGAAAAUAUCUUGUUUGGAGAAAAGCUCAAGGAUUCAAAGUAUCGCAAAGUAAUUGACGCAUGCGCAUUGAAGCCAGACAUUGACAUGUUACCAGCAGGCGACCAGACUGAGAUUGGUGAGAAAGGUAUCAACUUGAGUGGAGGACAGAAACAGCGAGUCAGUGUUGCAAGAGCGCUCUACUCUGGUCGAAAUAUUGUCAUUCUGGACGAUCCUCUCUCUGCCCUGGAUGUUCAUGUAGGAGCGCAUCUCUUUCAGCAUGGGAUAUCUAAGAUCCUCAGAAAACAUUACCAGACUGUGAUACUAGUAACUCAUCAGCUUCAGUAUCUACCAGAGGCCGAUCAGAUAAUCGUCAUGAAAGAUGGUCGGAUAAUUACGAUGGGUUCUCCAGAGGAAGUGGCAAUUCUUGAUCCAACCCUGUGCUCAGAGUGGAACAGAGCCAUACAGAUCUUCAGUGAGUCCGAAGUCGAGUCUGGGGCUGAGUCUGAAGGUUUGAUGGAUGAGAGGAAAGCAUUGAGACGUCUGGUGGCCCGCUCAGUAUCCCCCUCUUGCAUCAGUGCCGAGUGUCCAGAAGAAAAUGAAAAGGGGCGUUUGAUUGCAAAGGAGGAGAAAGAGAAGGGGUCUGUAUCAUAUCGAAUGUAUCUGCAUUACUUCAAGGCUAUGGGAUAUUGGCUUACUAUCUUUGUUUUAUUCACGGUGGUAAUGAGAUCAGCCUUGCAAAUAUCAACCAAUUUCUGGCUAUCUUCCUGGGCUCAAUAUGACCUCAAUAUCACAGGGAAUAGUGUUGACAAGACAUCAUAUUGGAUAGGGGGUUACGCUGGUCUGUCCUUGUCAACUCUAGUCAUCAGUGCUAUCUCUAUCUUUGCCAUCGCAUUUGGAGCCUUGCAUGCAGCAAGGAAUCUUCACUAUGCUCUGAUUGAUAACAUCAUCCACAUACCAAUGAGGUUUUUUGAUACUACACCCAUUGGGAGAGUUCUCAACCGUUUUUCUAGCGAUACACAACUCAUUGACCAGCGUCUAGUACACACCCUCCGUCUCCUAAUCAACCUCACAGCCAACGUGUUCAGCUCCCUGGUCGUCCAAGUUGUCGUUGUCUGGUACUUUGUAUUUUUCUUCAUUCCGAUCUCCGUCAUUUUCGUCAUGCUGGUGAUAUACUACAUAACUACCUCCAGGGAAUUGCAGCGGGCAGAGAGUGUCUCACGUUCCCCAGUCUUUGCUCACUUCUCAGAAACACUCGGCGGCCUUUCGACAAUAAGAGCAUACAAAGAUGAAAAGAGGUUCUUCCAGAUAAUAAUGGAUCACAUCAACACCAACAAUACUGUCUUUCUCUAUCUCCUCACAUCGAUGAGAUGGGUAGCUAUCAGACUGGAUUUUCUUGGUGAUUUUGUAGUAUUUUCAGCGAGUUUGUGCGUCUUAUUGGGAGCUGCUUACCUAGGGAUUGAUUCUAGCCUGGUUGGGCUUGCUAUUUCAUAUGCACUGGAGGUGUCUUUAUAUAUGAACUUUAUGGUUCGGCAAUGUUCAGAUUUAGAACUGCAGAUGAACGCUGUAGAACGUGUUCGUUUCUACUCAGAAGUACCAACGGAAGAUUACAAUGGUCUUGAGCCCCCUCCCGACUGGCCAUCUCGCGGUGAAAUUCAAUUUGAAGACAUAAGUGUUAGAUAUUCACACGACUUGGAUCCAGUAUUACAUGAUGUGUCACUUAACAUAUUCUCGCAGGAAAAGCUUGGAAUCUGUGGUAGAACAGGAAGCGGCAAGUCCUCGUUAACUCUUGCCUUGUUCCGUAUGAUCGAUACAUUCAAGGGUCGUAUUUUAAUUGAUGGUAUUGACAUUGCUUCGAUUCCUCUCCGAACUCUACGUCAACGACUCUCCAUCAUCCCACAGGAUGCUAUCCUCUUCACAGGAACCAUCAGGUACAACUUAGAUCCAAGUAGUACAAAAACAGACAGAGAACUAUGGGAAGCACUGGAUGUGGCCCAACUUAAGGAGGUCGUUUCGAAUAUAGAUGCAGGAUUAGAUUAUCAAGUGACUGAAGGAGGAGAGAAUUUCAGUGUGGGUCAGCGUCAACUCUUUUGCCUGGCUAGAGCCUUUCUUAGACAUUCCAAGAUUAUUGUUAUGGAUGAGGCAACUGCUUCUAUUGACCAAGAAACGGAUUUAAUUCUUCAAGAUGUUGUGGCUGAUAUAUUCAAAGACAGGACAGUCCUUACGAUUGCACAUCGUGUGGCAACGAUAAUCAACUCUGAUAAGAUCCUUACAUUGAGUGAUGGAUAUGUUGCGGAAAAUGAUACACCAGACGAACUACUUCAGCGAGAGAACAGCAUUUUCGCUUCGCUUGUUAAAGCAGGAAAGUAGGAGAUUUAUAUAAGCAUUGCAAUAUUUGAUAAAGUAUAUGAAUGUCUAUCCUGGCUUUAAAUUCAUAAUUAGGAAAGAAGGGUAUUAACGUUGUAAUAUUUUAUACAAUAUCCUUAUUUUUAUUUUUGUAUAAAUCAAGUGAUAUGUAUAUUUGUCUUACAUUUUGUUAUUUAAUGAAGAAAAAAUAAUUUGGUGAAAGUAUACCCGAUAUUGAAGAACUAAUAAAGGGGAUUAAAUUUUUGGAUCUUUGGAACAAUAUCCUGGGGGGUGGCACUCAACUAUGUUGCUGCAGCUACUACUGGACACAGCACGACCCCAAAAAAACUCGUAGCAUUUGCUGGUUGAGGUACGAUAAUAUUAUAUGACUCGUGUCAAAAACGAACAAAAAUAUUGUAAAAUUAUAAGUAUGUUUUCGGAAAUUAAAAUAAAAAAAUGCUAGCGAAAUGGAUGUUAUUUGAUAGUUUGCCACAUUAUGUUUAGGACAUUAGAACUGAUAAGUUUUCUUUUUGUGACUUUGGCAAAUAUGUUUUGACCAACAUAGAAAUCAUGUUAAAGAAUGGGUGAAAAAAAAACUGUGAUUACGCUGUAGUUGAAUGCCCCUCCCCCGGAAAACGUCUGGCAGCUCAGUUUUCACACAGUUAACCCUUUUGAAUUAUAUUUUUUCAACAAAUCUGAUUAUUCUGAUUCCAUAUUCAUGUCUAUAUCUUCAUUAUAAUCUACUUUUGGGUUGAUAAGAGGGCAAAUAUACGUUUUAAAAAGUGGAGUUAUAGGAGAUUAUUGUAAAGGCGAUGACUUAUUUUAUACACUAUACGUCCAUGUUUGAGGUAGCUAGUAUAUUUGCAUUCUAUGUUAAGAGGAAAACUUAGUACGGCGCACUGUCUCAUAUCCUAUAUAAGUGAAGACAAUAAUUGAAAACAAUAUAGACCUCUAUAAUAUAUUUUAUGGCAACGUACCCUAUUUACAUGAUAUAUGAGAAUGUUUUUCUUUCAGCAAAUCAAAAAAAAACAAAAAAGCCCAAUUUUCGCUUUGGUCACGAGGCAAGGACAUAGGAGAAUCAAAGUUAUGUGGUUGAAACGUUGAAAUAUAUAAAUUGAUUAAAUAUAUAUUUUCAAUGAAGAAUAACAGCUAAUUCAGUAUAGUAAAUAUAGAAAAUAUUAUACACUUUUGGGGAAAGUAUGACCUAGUUUUGAAAAAUAAUAAGGGAAAUGUUAUUUUUUUUCUAAUCUUGAGUAAGAUAGCAGCAGUUUCUCUCGCUAUAACAGAAACGCUUAAAUUGUAUGGUAGCGACAAAGUUAUCUUGAUAUGAAAAUCGUAUUUUAAAAACGUUUUUAUCAACUUCAUUCCUUUUGUAAAAUGAAACUAAUAAAGGAUUCAGGCAAAUGAUCAGUUAUUUUUCUUGAGUAAUCUAACUGACAAGUCUGACUGUCUGAUCAUGUUUUUUGUAAUUUUGUUUGUUUUUAAAUUGACGAAGACUUUUACAUCGCUAUGUCUGUGAUAAAUUUUCAAGUCAAUUACUACAUUCAUUGUAUUCAAAGUUCUUUGAGUGUAUAAACUAAUACGUGGAAGAUAUCCGGUAUAUAUGUUGGAAAAGAAAACUUUUUUACUUUUUCUGUUUUGUGUGGUAUAUGUUUGACUUCUGGUUUUCAAAUAUAUACAGUUUAAAUUCUUCAUAGACAUAUAUAGGCCCUAUACAGUGUGUAUCAAUAAAAAGUUUACACUUUGAAAAAUUGCUAGAAAUCUAUUUAAAAAAUCAAAAUUGGGAUCUUUUUUGUCACAUUUCCUCUUUGGCUUUUGUCUCUUCUGUCAGAUGAAAGUAUAGUCUUUUUACAGACCAUUUGAGUCAAUGAAAAUAAACUGUUACAUUGUGACCUGUUAUAACAAUCAUGCUACCCAAAUGAACACGAAUUUAACCUAUGUCACUAGACUUUUAAGUUCUUUGUGUCGGCUAGAUUUGAGGACAUGAAAUGAAAGAAAUCAAUGUAAAUGAAAUUCCAUUUAUUCGCGGUCGAUUGUUCUGAUAUUCGUUACUUUAUAACAUGCCAGGCCUGAAUAUACGGAGGGGGGGAGCAUGUUCCCCCUUUAAUUCAAUUGUGGUUUAAACCUAUGUACACAAGUAGUUACCUAGUCAGUCUGUUUAUUUAUUUGUUGUUUUCUUGUCAUUCUUUUUAUCUUUGGCUUUUGGGCGGCAAAGAAAACUAUGUAUCUUAGUUCUUUGCUUGUCAUUUUUCUAACAAAGUGAAUCAUUUGUUUUAUAUGUCCCACCCCAUUAUGAAUGUUGAUUUUGGUGCCUCAGUGUUGUAAAAGAUUUGCUGUUAUGCUUUUAUUUUCAAUACUCUUUCAUUGUCUUGAUACUAAACUGAACAUAAGAAUGGAGGCUAAUUCAUGA